GGGGAGGGGAGCCAUGUCCAUAUAAGGCCGGUCAGCGGCCCCUGCUCCCUCGGAGCAGCGCGGGCCGGGGCCGCCGCCGCCUCCCCAUGACCGGGCGCAGCGACAUGGAGCCGCGCGCCGCGUUCUCGGGCUUCCCGGCCCUGCCCUCGGUCGCGCCGUCGGGGCCGCCGCCGUCGCCGCCCGCCGGAGCCGAGCCGGGGCCGGAGCCCGAGCAGGCGGCCGCGGGCCGCGGGGAGCCGGAGCCCGCGCCCCCGCCGGGCCCGGGGCGGCGGCGGCGGCGGCCGCUGCAGCGCGGGAAGCCGCCCUACUCGUACAUCGCGCUCAUCGCCAUGGCGCUGGCGCACGCCCCGGGCCGCCGCCUCACGCUGGCCGCCAUCUACCGCUUCAUCACCGAGCGCUUCGCCUUCUACCGCGACAGCCCGCGCAAGUGGCAGAACAGCAUCCGCCACAACCUCACGCUCAACGACUGCUUCGUGAAGGUGCCCCGCGAGCCGGGCAACCCGGGCAAGGGCAACUACUGGACGCUCGACCCCGCGGCCGCCGACAUGUUCGACAACGGCAGCUUCCUGCGGCGCCGCAAGCGCUUCAAGCGCGCCGAGCUGCCCGCGCCCGCCGCCGGCCCGCCGCCCUUCCCCUACGCGCCCUACGCGCCCGCGCCCGCGCCCGCGCGCCUCUUCAGCGCCGACAGCCUGGGGAGCCUGCCGCCCGACCUGGCCGGCCUGGGCGCCCCCGAGCCGCCCUGCUGCGCCGCGCCCGACGCCGCCUUCCCGCCCUGCCCGGCCGCCGCCGCCCCGCCGCUCUACGCGCCCGGCCCCGACCGCCUGGGGCUGACCCCCGCGCGCCCCGGCCCCGGCCCGCUGCCCGCCGAGCCGCUCCUGGCCUUGGCCGGGCCCGCGGCCGCGCUCGGCCCGCUCGGCCCCGGGGAGGCCUACCUGAGGCCGCCGGGCUACGCGCCGGGGCUCGAGCGCUACCUGUGA